UUUGUGAAUCCAAUCAGCCCCAAAAUCAACAUAGGAGAAAGAAGAGAGAAGGUCGAGAUCAAGCCAAGCCUCCAUGGCUUCUUCAAAUUCGCUUCUGUUUCUCCUCUUCCUUCUCUCCUCAUCUUUCCAUAUCUCAUUAGGGCACCAAAUAGGUAGUGAAAGUGUUGGUGGAAGAAGAGAAGAAAGCGUAGUAGCAGCAGUAGGAGAGCGUCGAGUUCUGAUGAGUUUCAAGGAAACCCCUUCAGGAGGUAACUUCACUUUCGAAUGCUCUCCUUCUGGUCCCUGCGUCGCCUGUGUAUACUCAGAAAAGAAUGAUGAAAAGUAUCGUUGCAGUGAAACUGGAUAUCGUAUCCCUUUUAAAUGUGUAGAAAUUGGAGCUGGUUUGAAGGAAGCAAACAGUGAAAAAAGUAAGAAGAGUCGAUCAGCUCUUGAAAACACUUAUGAAAGAGCAAAACCGCAUGUAAUGUUACAUGUUGCAGAAGAUCUCACUACUUCAAUAAGACACAGGAGUUUGCUGGGUGAGGCUUCCACAUCAGGGGAUGUAUCACAGGCCUACAUCACUUACAGAAGCUGUAUACCACCCGUUAAUGAAGAGAAGAUAUCAGUACUUGGUUUUGAGGGGAUAAUGUUGUGUUUUCUGCUCACGAGUGGUUAUGCUGUAUACUUUCGACGAAAACGAAACAAUGCUAUGUCAGGAGUUGCAGCGAUGAGACUUCCUACCAGUUCUAGGUUUUAGCUCAGCAUUUUCUUGUUAUUUCAUUGCGUAGUGAAUUUCUGCUCAAUUAUUAAACACAAGAAGAAAUUUGGUUCCUAAUUCUCUCUCACGUAACCAAAAUGCUUCCUUUUCUUUUCUUUUCUUUGUUUUUUUUUUUUCAAAAAUUGUGUAACAUGUAUUAUUCUAGUGGGAAAGCCAUUUAGCCUGUUAA